AUGAGGAAGCCUCGUCGGAAGUCGCGGCACAAUGCCGAGGGCCGUCGUUCCCCAUCCCCCUACAGUCUCAAGUGUUCACCCACCCGGGAGACCCUGACAUAUGCCCAGGCCCAACGGAUUGUCGAGGUAGACAUUGAUGGACGCCUGCAUCGUAUCAGCAUCUAUGACCCACUCAAGAUCAUCACCGAGGAUGAGCUGACCGCCCAGGAUAUCACUGAAUGCAAUAGCAACAAGGAAAACAGUGAGCAGCCUCAGUUCCCUGGUAAGUCCAAGAAACCUUCAUCCAAGGGCAAAAAGAAGGAGUCCUGCUCCAAGCAUGCAUCCGGCACCUCCUUCCACCUCCCACAGCCCAGCUUCCGCAUGGUGGACUCAGGCAGCCAGCCAGAAGCACCCCCUCUGCCUGCUGCCUACUACCGCUACAUUGAGAAGCCACCUGAAGACCUGGAUGCAGAGGUAGAGUAUGAUAUGGAUGAGGAAGACCUUGCCUGGCUCGACAUGGUGAAUGAGAAGCGACGAGUAGAUGGGCACAGUUUGGUGUCAGCAGACACCUUUGAGCUGCUGGUGGACCGGCUUGAGAAGGAGUCAUACUUGGAGAGUCGUAGCAGUGGCGCCCAACAGUCACUCAUUGAUGAGGAUGCCUUCUGCUGUGUGUGCUUGGAUGAUGAAUGUCACAAUAGCAAUGUCAUUCUCUUCUGUGACAUCUGUAACCUGGCAGUACACCAGGAGUGCUAUGGCGUCCCCUACAUCCCUGAGGGCCAGUGGCUAUGCCGCUGCUGCCUGCAGUCUCCCUCCCGUCCUGUAGAUUGUGUCCUCUGCCCCAAUAAAGGUGGCGCCUUCAAACAGACCAGUGAUGGGCACUGGGCCCAUGUGGUGUGUGCCAUCUGGAUCCCUGAAGUCUGCUUCGCUAACACCGUGUUCUUGGAACCUAUUGAGGGCAUCGACAAUAUCCCUCCUGCCCGCUGGAAACUAACCUGCUAUAUCUGCAAGCAGAAGGGCCUAGGUGCAGCCAUCCAGUGCCAUAAGGUGAACUGCUACACAGCCUUCCAUGUGACGUGUGCACAGCGGGCUGGACUCUUCAUGAAGAUUGAGCCCAUGCGUGAAACCAGCCUCAAUGGCACCAUCUUCACAGUGCGUAAGACUGCUUACUGUGAGGCCCACUCGCCACCAGGUGCUGCCACUGGUAGGAGGAAGGGCGACUCUCCAGGAAGCCUAACUGAGAUUGGAGAUGAGGAAGGGCUGAAGGAAGGUGGUGGGGAGGAGGAAGAAGAGGAAGAAGUGGAGGAGGAGGAGCCAGAAUGCCAGGGCCCCUUCAAAGGAGUGCCCAAGAAGAACAAGAUGAGUUCGAAGCAAAAGAUCAAGAAGGAGCCAGAGGACAUGGGCCGAGACACACCCUCUGCUGCCCCCAUGGUCACUGUCCCACAGAUACCCUCUUAUAGGUUGAACAAGAUCUGUAGUGGUCUCUCCUUUCAGAGGAAAAACCAGUUUAUGCAGCGACUUCACAACUAUUGGCUAUUGAAGCGGCAGGCACGGAACGGUGUCCCCCUUAUCCGGCGCCUGCACUCCCACCUGCAAUCCCAAAGAAAUGCUGAGCAGCGAGAGCAGGACGAGAAGACAAGUGCAGUGAAGGAAGAGCUGAAAUAUUGGCAGAAGCUGCGGCAUGAUUUGGAGCGGGCGCGGCUGCUGAUUGAGCUAAUUCGGAAGAGAGAGAAGCUCAAGCGGGAGCAGGUCAAGGUCCAGCAGGCAGCCAUGGAGCUGGAGCUGAUGCCAUUCAAUGUUCUACUGAGGACUACACUAGACCUGCUCCAGGAGAAGGAUCCUGCGCACAUCUUUGCUGAACCAGUCAACUUGAGUGAGGUUCCAGAUUACCUGGAAUUCAUAUCCAAGCCAAUGGAUUUUUCUACUAUGAGGCGGAAGCUGGAGUCCCACCUGUACCACACCUUGGAGGAGUUUGAGGAGGACUUUAACCUUAUAGUUACCAACUGCAUGAAGUAUAAUGCUAAAGACACAAUUUUCCACCGAGCAGCUGUCCGCCUGCGAGACCUGGGAGGGGCCAUUCUACGGCAUGCCCGGCGGCAGGCAGAGAACAUCGGCUAUGACCCCGAGAGGGGCACCCACCUUCCCGAGUCACCCAAAUUGGAAGACUUUUACCGCUUCUCCUGGGAAGACGUGGACAACAUCCUCAUCCCAGAGAACCGGGCCCAUUUGUCCCCAGAGGUGCAGCUGAAGGAGCUGCUGGAGAAACUGGACCUGGUGAGUGCCAUGCGGUCCAGCGGGGCCCGUACCCGCCGUGUCCGCCUGCUACGCCGGGAAAUCAACGCCCUUCGGCAGAAGCUGGCACAGCCGCCACCACCACAGUCACCAUCACUGAAUAAGACAGUGUCCAAUGGGGAGCUACCAACAGGGCCCCGGGGGGAUGCAGCUGUGCUGGAGCAGGCCCUGCAGGAGGAGCCAGAAGACGAUGGGGACAGAGAUGAUUCCAAACUGCCUCCCCCGCCAACCCUGGAGCCCACUGGACCUGCACCUUCCUUGUCUGAGCAAGAAUCCUCCCCGGAUCCCCCCACUCUGAAACCCAUUAAUGAUAGCAAACCUCCAAGCCGGUUCCUAAAGCCCAGAAAGGUGGAAGAAGAUGAGUUCUUGGAAAAAUCACCUCUGCAACUAGGGACUGAGCCCUUGCAACGCCUGCUCAGUGACAAUGGCAUCAACAGACUGUCCCUCAUGGCCCCUGACACCCCUGCUGGUGCCCCAGUUAGUGGUGUGGGCCGCCGCACGUCAGUCCUCUUCAAGAAGGCCAAGAAUGGGGUUAAGCUGCAGAGGAGCCCAGACAGGGCUCUGGAAAAUGGCGAGGACCAUGGUGUGGCAGGCUCCCCUUCCUCUCCAGCCAGCAUCGAGGAUGAGUGCCACUCCCGGAAGCGGCCAAGGAGCAGAAGCGGUAGUGAGAGCGAAGGGGAGAGGUCCCCCCAGCAGGAGGAAGAGACAGGCAUGACCAACGGCUUUGGAAAACACACCGAAAGCGGGUCUGACUCGGAAUGUAGCUUGGGUCUCAGUGGUGGCCUGGCAUUUGAAGCUUGCAGCGAUCUGACCCCCCCUAAACGCAGCCGUGGGAAGCCAGCCCUGUCUCGAGUGCCCUUUCUGGAAGGUGUGAAUGGAGACUCUGACUACAGUGGCUCAGGCAGAAGCCUCCUGAUGCCCUUUGAAGACCGCGGAGACCUGGAGCCCCUGGAGCUGGUGUGGGCCAAGUGCCGAGGCUACCCCUCCUACCCUGCCUUGAUCAUCGAUCCCAAGAUGCCCCGGGAGGGCCUCCUGCACAAUGGCGUUCCCAUCCCUGUCCCCCCGCUGGACGUGCUGAAACUGGGAGAGCAGAAACAGGCAGAGGCUGGAGAGAAGCUCUUCCUUGUCCUCUUCUUUGACAACAAGCGCACCUGGCAGUGGCUUCCAAGGGACAAAGUCUUGCCCCUGGGUGUGGAAGACACCGUGGACAAGCUCAAAAUGCUGGAAGGCCGCAAGACUAGCAUCCGCAAGUCAGUGCAGGUGGCCUACGACCGUGCAAUGAUCCACCUAAGCCGGGUCCGGGGGCCCCACUCCUUCGUCACCUCCAGCUACCUGUAAGGGCGGGGCUGGGCCUGCACCUGCAUGCCCUGCCUCCGUCCAAUGGGGCACAGAGAAGCCUCUUCUGCCCCUGCCAGAUGUAUGGUUGGCAGCUUCCCUUCUCAUGGCAGGCCAGGGACUGGGCUGUGUCCCCACCAAGGGCAAGGCCCCAGAUUUGACCAAUUGCAUGGUUCCCCUGGCUGGCCUACUGUGUGCCAAAAACUCCCACCCAACGUCCCUCAGGGGAUAUUCCACUGAAGAACCAGUUAGAAGUAGAAACAGCUGUGGGGCUUGGGCCCAGCCACAGCAAUGGACCUGGACUGCCUGGCCCCUCCAUCCCACUCCCACUAACUACACCUCAGGGCGGGUGAGGUUCUGACACUGAUCCCAGAGAUGCUGUGGGUAUGCCAGGGUCCCAAGGGGAAUCUCCCCAAGAUCAUCCUCUCUCCCCCUCGUCACCCAUUCUCACACCUUUUCCCUGUCCCAUCUUUGUACCCAUGCUCAGUCUCACCUUCUCUUUCCCAUGUUCCUUCUCUUACUUUUUCUCUUGUGCCAAACUGACAGGAACCAUCACCACACUGGUCUUUUUCUUUAAUGUCUCAUUCCCCUUGAGGCCAGCUGCUGUUCCAGGUGGGUGUCUCCACCAGGCUCCUCAGGGCCCAGAUAGAGGCCAACCCAGCACGAGGUGACCCCUCCUCCAGAGCACCUCCCCAUGCCUGCAGACCUUCCUUUCUUCUGUCGACACAACUGAGGCCCAGCCGUGCUCAUGUGCCCCCUGGACCAAGGCGUGACCCCUCCUUCCUUUUCCCUGUACUGCAGGUGGUGGGUUCCUGUCAGCAGGCUAGGCUGGGUGUGUAAGUGUUCAUCUGUCGUCCUGGAUGAUGAGGAUGAUUGAGGUGGCGCCGUGCCCUUCCACUGGACCUCUCCCUCUCCUCCCCUCCGCUCCCCUUCCCUUCCUUCUCCCCUUCCCUUCCUUCUCCCCUUCACUUCUUGAGAACUUUUUCGGCAUCUGCAAUCUUAAGCCUCACUGCCACUACCUGGACGGCACGAUGCCUGCCCGACACCUUCCUGGCCUGCACCCUGUCCUGCCCUGCCGCUUCCACUCCCAACUCCAGGGAAUGCAACACUUUUAUUUCAAACCUUCCAUCUCCUUCCCUCUUUUCAACCCUCUCCCCACCUUCACCUUCUCAAAAAUGGAAGGGAAAAAAAACUGUGAAUGGGGAAUGUUGACUGACAAGCCAACACAACUUUCAGAGACUUCAGUGUCUAUUCUCUGGAUGUUUCUUUUCACCUCCUAAGCACCAAAGUUGCAGGGCCAGGUUGCAGGCCACUGAUCGCCAUGUUGAUUUUUAACCUAAUGUUCUUCUUAAUUGCUUUAAAUUUUUCAUAGGGGAGUUUUGGGCAAAGUCACUGGGGAGAUCACUGCCAUUUUUACACACUUGACUUUUUAAAACUACAACCAACCAACCACCACAACUUCUUAUACAUUUGGGACACGAGCCAGAGUUUAAAAGGGAACCAACAAAACACUAUAACUUAAAGGAUGGGGUUUUAGAUUUUGUACAAUAAUAAAAACAAUACAGCAUAUGGCUAGGGAAGGACAUGGUGUAUAUAAUUGUAAAAUACUGUUCUAAAUUAUUCAGGCCUAUAGUUUCCAUGAUUGGAGUCCUCCAUUUGUGGCCACACAGUGUGGUUUAUUUAAAGGAGCCAAUGCUUCCCCUCUCCCCGGGUAGUUGGUCAGCUGUGGACUCUGUGACCUUCGUCUAAACCUGUGUUGUAAGAUCUUGGGGCUUUCUCCCUCUCUCUUUCUAUGUCUGUCUCUUUCUUCCCCCAACACUUUCUUCUUAGUCUCUCUAUUUUUCAGUCUCUGAAUCUUCCAGUCUCUCUGAGUCUCAUUUUUUAAAAUGCUCUUUAGGAACGGGAAACGGCUCAGAUCCUGCUGUGGCAUGGGGCCUACGUGUCUCUGUCGCGUCUGCUGUGAAGCACAUGAUGCUCUAUUUAUUGUAGAAAGUGACUUUAUUUGCUUUCUAGAAUUGUUUAUAACAGAUGGUAUAAGAGAGGUAAUAAACAGAGAAAAAUCUAUGCUUGUAAAGAAUACAAAAGUUAAAUUUACCUACUAUAAUAUGACUGUCUGAAACUUAUUUUCUCUCUGAGAAAUAAAUGUUCUAAUCAAUGGGCAG